AUGUCGAAGCCUCCGUUGUUGUAUGCAAAGCUCCCUCAAUUUAAAUAUCAAACAUUCGACCUUGAAACUCUCAAGUUCUCAGACGUGCCAGUCAUUCCUAUUUAUGAGAAUGUUGGAACAGUCGGCGAUGAUAAGGUCAAUGCUGACAUUGAGUCGAACAAGGAUAAGGGUCCAGAUGAUCCAUCAGUGACUGACCCGAGUGAACCUGUACCCGAACUCUCGAAUGAUGUUGCAGAGGAGGAGGGGGAAGUGAAGGAAGAGAUGGAGAAACCAGAAGAGGAAGCGAGUGAGGAGACAUUCAGUCAAGAUGGAACGGAGGGAAAAAAUGAGGAGCCUUCAACCGAGGAUGGGGAAGGUUGCAAACAAGAUCAAAUUGAACAGGGGGAGACGGAAAUGGAGGUAGUCGCGAGUGAGGAUGCCACUCCUCCAGCAGAUGAAGUUCCAGAAAAUGUCGAGCCCGAAGUGUCUGAACCCGGAGAGAGUCAGGAACCAGAUACUCUGACCGAAACGCCUCCAGAUAACCUGGAGGCUUGUGACAAUGAAGAUGUUGACCCCGAAGCCGAGGUUGCCCGGGUGAAAGCAGAGAAGGAGGCUGAGGCGGAGCUGUAUCACGAUGGCGAUUACCAUGAUGAGAACAUCGCAUUGAGCCACUGUCCUGACAACACAAGCGAGCCUGUAAAUGAAAUCUACAAAGAGGAUGAAACAAUUGCCAAUGAGCCUGAUUCACCUGACGCGGAGGCAUCCAAGUUGGAUGAUUACGUCCAAGCCGAUGAAAAGGAUGCUGAAGCUCUUGAAGGGGAAAGUCCCACUGAAGUUGUAUCUCCAGAGCUAGAGGCACAAGAUAAACUUGAAGAAUCUCCUGCGGAAGAGCAAGUUGUGGAAGAGCAAGAUGCGGAGGAACUGCCCCCUGCAGAACCACCUACAGAAACGCUGCCCGAAGAAUCUCCUACUAAAGAGCUAGCCGAAGAUCAGCCAUUUGAAGACAGCCCAGCAGAGGGACCAACUGCUAACGAUCCCGUGGAUGUUCCGGCUUCCGUAGAAGAGCCCAAGGAUGAUGGUCAUGGCGAUGAAGAAUCUACACUCUCAGAAGAAACGCCAACCGAACGUGCACCAGCCGAGACAACAUGUCUUGCGGAAGAAGAGUCAACCGGGGAUCCGAUUACAGAAGAACUAACUGUGGAAGAUAUAACAGAAGAAAAUCCUGUCCUCGAAGAACCAGCUCCGGAGGGACCCCUUGAAGACGUUCCUGUUGUUGAUCCGCCUGCCGAAGAGCCCUCCGUCGAAGGGGCCGACGCUGAAGAUCCCCCUCAUGAGGACCCUGCCCCUGAAGAACCGAUUUUAGAAAAUCCACCUACACAAGAAUUAAUUGUGGAGGAGCCAGUUGCGGAAGAGCCCGCACAAGUGGAAGAUACUCUAGUCCCAGAGGCCUCGCCAGAGCAGCCAAUUCCAGAGUUAAAUGUUAGUGAAGAGUCUCCUCUCCCGGAAACAUCUGUCCCUGAUCAAAUUCCGGUUGAGGACAUUCCACCAGAUCAGCCGACUGCUGAUAGAUCAAUUGAUGAAAUUGGCAAUGAUAACGUUCAUGAAAAUGUCAUAAUCGAUUCUCCAGCAGGAGAAUCAGCAGAGGGCGCUGCAUCAUUGAAAACAAGACGGAGAAAACGACGGCAUCGCUCGCAAUGGGAGCAUGGGAGGCGAGAGUCCAAGAGCUCUUCUGACAGUUAUGCUCUUCACCGUCAAGAACGCGAACGAGCUGCUUUUGCAAAUCCAAAGUGGGAAGUACUUGGCGAAGUGAAGAAACAGAGAUCACCAAGGAGAAGUUCCGACGAGGAGAGAGCUGAACGACACAGAAGGGCCAAUCGCAGGCAUAGUGAAGGACGAGCUAGGAGGGACAGCGCGGCAAAGGAUUCGUUUGAUACAAGUCGCCAUUCAGGUUCUUCUCAAAGUAGAAGGGAAUCUACCCCGUUUAGCUUGUCAACCAUAACCUCCAAACCAGUCACACUACUGAAGCUUAUGGCCAGUGGAGAGUCCGAAACCAACGGGCCCUUACUCAAGCUUAAUGUAACCGAACAAUACGAGAGAAGGCUAUCUACUUCCCGUCCAUCAGAUUCUUCAAGCAGCUCCAGACCCCAUUCCAAUUCUCGUCACAAACAUCGGCAUCAUGGCGAGAAGGAGCAAAGAGACUCGCUUGAUGACGUCGACGCAGCGAGGCGCCGACGGGAACAUCGGAGAUCGAGAAGGGCUGAGGAUCUAGUGGAAGAAAAACCCCAGAGAAGGGAUAGCCAUUACGAAGGACGAAGACGGGAGCGACGAGACUCUGACAGAUAUCGGGACAACGGUCCUCUGGACAAAUUGAAGGAUAGGUUCAUGGUAAACCUAAGGACUGUCCUUGCCGCUGCUGGAUAA